CGGCAGGGAAGGGGCCGGUCCCGGACGUCCUCCCGUCCCCGUCGGUGCCUCCAUGUCGGAGCCGGGUCCGGAGGACCCCGGGGGGCUGCUGAGCGCGGGCAGCGAGCGCCGGUGCAGGGCUCGGCUGGCGGCGGCCGCGGGGCAGGGAGCGGCGGCGGCCGCGGUGCUGGUGCCGCUGUGCUCGGUGCGGGGCCGACCUGCGGUGCUGUUCACGCUGCGGUCCCGGAGACUGGGGGGGCCACACAGCGGAGAUGUCAGCUUCCCCGGGGGCCGUCGGGACCCGGCGGAUGCAGACGCGGUGGCCACAGCACUGAGGGAGACCCGAGAGGAGCUGGGGCUGGAGCUGACGGAGCAGAACGUGUGGGGGCAGCUGCGGACCCUGCCCGACCGGCAGGGGCUGAUGGUGGCGCCUGUUGUGGCCAACCUGGGUCCUCUGGAGAACCUGACGCUGGCUCCCAACCCGGAUGAGGUAGCCGAGGUCUUCACCCUGCCCUUGGCUCACCUCCUGCGGGAGGACAACCAGGGCUACACCCACUUCCGCACCGCCGGACGCUACAGCUACACCCUGCCCGUGUUCCUCAACGGCCCCCACCGGGUGUGGGGGCUCACGGCUGUCAUCACCGAGCUGACCCUCGAGCUCCUGGCGCCCGGGCGCUACCGCAGGAAGACGGUGGUACCGGCGCGGCACCGCUCCGCCUGACGCCGCGGCAUCGGUUGUGUGAUGGUCCAUAGGGAUGGACCUCGCUUCAUUGGUCCAUAGGGAUGGGGCUGCAGCAGGGAAUGGUGCUGACCCCACCACCACCACCCAACACUAUGGGUGUUGCUCCCAUCAUGGAACACUGUGACUUAGUAAAAAGCCAUGUUUGGAA